CCCCUGGUGUGCCGUUAACAACGCGUCAGACAACCCUGCCAGUGCCGGAGAAGGAGCGAAGGCAUCGUGGGCUCGGCGCCAAGCGGUAGUCAAGGAAACGGUGGUCAACUUGCGUUCGCCCGCAGAAGCAUCGCUUGGAACCGAGGAACGUUCUUGGAGCCAUUCGAAUCUUUACUCUCAUGAGUACACGACUGACUUGCUUAUAAAUUCAGAAGAAACUUUCUUUUUCGUCUUAUGUGACAUAAAUGUGCUGCAUCGGCGGGAAAUAUUCGGGUGCACAAUGGGGUGUAGUGCUAUAAGCGGUCAUCAGAUUCACCCAGGGAACGUCAGGCCCCUCUCUGCCUUGGAGAUUAAGACGAUACAAGACAUGUGGCCAGCCGUGAAUAGCAACAAAGAGCUUUUCGGGGUGUUUGUUUACAACAGCUUCCUGUCACGCGAGCACGAGAUGCGAAAGCUGUUCCCGCGCAUGGUGCUGGAAGAUGGCGAGGAGAAAUUCCGGAUCGAUCCGGCGGAAGUGCGACGUCACGCUCUGAUGGUGGUGGAGGGACUGGGGCUGGCCGUCGACUACCUGCAGGACAACGACAAGCUCAACCGCUUCCUGCGUAUCGUCGGUACCCGCCAUCACCACGCCAACGUCAAACCUGAAAUGCUGACGAAACUUUACCCUGCCAUGGACGAGGGUCUGCACGACGUGCUAGGGAAAGGUUACACAAAGCGCCAACGACAGGCGUUCCGUUCGUUCUUUAUGUACAUCGUGGGUGUCUUCAAAAUCGCCAUGAUGGAGGCUGCUAGCUCAAGCUCCCAGCAUGCUAUGCGUGACAUCAGGCACAGCAACGCCAGCUGGAGCAGCGGCAUCGGAACGGCCUCCACCUGCUCCACCAAGUCCAUCAAGACCCUGGAAUGAGUGGGGUGCCUUUUCAUAGCAAUGCGCGGAAAGGAACUACCUUCGGCUUUUGGCCAACUGAGAGAACAGCUGAAUGCAGUGCUGAAACGUCUCCCUACUAGAACGAUGCGGAAAGGAAAGCUCAAUGUAAACAACUUUUACUUAAUCCUGCAAAUACAUUCGACUUAUUGACGAUCACGCAAGUGAACGACCUUCGUUCCUGUAUACACCGCCGCUAGACUGUUCAAGAAGCUGACAACGCCACAUUCUCACACACAGAGCUCUUAUACCCAUCUCGUCAGUUUAUUGGGGUGUCUUCAGGGUAUGUGGAAUGUGAAACCACCGAUUACAAAAAAUGGCGGACGGACAUUAUGCGCUUUCAGACCUCGAAAAUCCGCAAGAAAAUAUGUCAAGCUCUCCUGUUUCAGCAGAUGAUGGUCUUGAAGUUUAAAACGAGAGCUGUUAGUUUUAUAAAACCGAGCCCUGAUAAAAUAUAUUAAAAAUAAUAAACACUUGUUAGCUCAGACACUCGAAGAACUUUAUUCGGAACAAUCAGUCUUGAAGUUUAAAACGAGAGCUGUUAGUUUUAUAAAACCGAGCCCUGAUAAAAUAUAUUAAAAAUAAUAAACACUUGUUAGCUCAGACACUCGAAGAACUUUAUUCGGAACAAUCACGUAUUUCUCCUUUUUUUAACGCGUUAUAAUUAGCGUCAUGCGACAGAUAAACAAAUGAAGGCCGUACAUGGCAGGUCACAUGUCGGCGACUCCUUCGUCUGGCUAAAACUUCAGCAGACGAUUCGUGUUACAAAAAUCGACCAGUAUGACGGAUAGAGCUUUCUCUCGAACAAUUCAACGCGAAAACAUGAGCUACAGUUGAUGAACGACGGGCCCACUCAACGAGUAUUUUACAUAAAACUCUUUUGAGAUGACGCUUUUGAUGAAA